UUCGUGGCGGGCUGUAAGGGGUGCUGUGGGGCUGAGCGAGUGUUGGAGCGUGGUGUGGCAGCGUUGUGACUGUUAGGAGAGCAGUUUACUGAGGAGGGGGCAGUGCUGCUCACCUUGAGCGAGAUGUUGAGCUUAGACCGCAUGGCGUUGGCUGUCCCUGUGUGAUAACACCACAGGGGGGCUGUUGUAAAGAUGAGGUGGAGAUAAGGUGGGUUCCGCCCUCCUACGUGUGUCCGCAGUUGGAUGCGGGGCUACCGCGUUAGCAGCCAGCGGCUAAUUGCUGUUUCCUGAGUGCUGGGGAGGUUUCAGAGCCAGGACUCCGUGGAGUCUGCAGAAUGUUGCUAUUUUCACAUCGUAGCAGCAGUAUCUGACUCGGAGUGAUCAAGUCUCUCCUGAAAAGAUAAGAUCAAGAGUUUGGUCAUCACUGUGGAAUUCCUGGUAUGAGAAUGCAGAGCGUCAGAUAGAGAGUGGAUCCUUGCUGAACAACUGUAAUCAUGAAGGCAGUUCUUAUAAUUGUCCUAAUCAUCUUCACUUUGCUGUGUUCAGGGAAAAAGUUUCGAUGGUGCACCCUCUCUGAUCUAGAACAGAGGAAGUGUGCUGAGCUGUCCAAAGCACUGACAGCUGUGCUGCUUGUCACUAACACCGAUUCGUUUGCCAGGAUUUCUUGCAUCAGAGCCCACAAUACAUAUGACUGCAUUGAUAAAAUCAGAGUGAAUAAAGCAGAUGCUGCUUCUCUGGAUGCAGGAGAUGUUUACUCUGCUGUAAAGCUGUAUGGUUUGACCGUUGUGGCAAAGGAGAUCUAUGAACAGGGAAAUUGUGUUUUUGCUGUGGCUGUUGCCAAACGAGGAACUUUGGAUAUCCAGAGGCUACGCGGUGUGCGCAGCUGCCACAAUGGAGCCAGAUGGACCUCAGGCUGGAAUAUUCCACUUGGAUUUCUCCUUGCAAGGAAUGAUCUUUCCUGGGAUGAGGGACAACCCCUGAGCCAAGUAAUCAGUGAGUAUUUCAAUGCAAGUUGCAUCCCUGGAGUUGGUGUUGCUGCUCCUCAGCUGUGUGCUCUCUGCCAAGGACAAAAGUCAUAUAUCAGAGACAAGAACCACUUCUGUGAGACCAGCAGCAAUGAACCGUUCUACGACUCUGAUGGAGCCUUCAGGUGCUUGAAGGAUGGAGUUGCAGAUGUUGCCUUUUUAGAUCACCUGACAAUUAUGAGAGCCACAGAGUCAGAACAACAAGAAUAUGAACUCUUAUGUCCUGAUGGAACUACAGCUGAGCUGAGCAAGUACAACACUUGUAACUUGGGCAAGGGGCCUGGCCGUGGCAUCAUCACCCGCCACAACUUCCAAAAGAUCACCAACAAAUUUCUUACCAUGAUCCAACGUCUCUUUGGUCGAAAAGGAAAGGAAAGAGCCAGAUUUGAACUUUUCAAUUCAUCAUCCUUUGGAGGGAAGAACCUUCUCUUUAGAGAUGCCACUCAGCACCUGCAACUUCUCGAGGAACAGCUAGAAAUUGCAUAUGUCCUUGGUCUGGAUUAUGUAGCUCUCCUUAAGGGACUAGGUCAUGAAGGGAGCUCCUUGGACAACAGAGUUGUGCGCUGGUGCUGCAUCAGCAAUGCUGAGCUUCGCAAAUGUGAGGAGUGGGCACUGAGCAUCAAAUCUGACCCAUUAGUCUGUGUCCAAGCAACUUCCAUGGCAAGCUGCAUUGAAAUGAUCAAGAGUAGUGAGGCUGAUGCAGUCACUCUGGAUGCAACCCACGUCUACAUUGCAGGGAGGUGUGGAUUGGUGCCUGUAGCUGCAGAGUGUUAUGGGCAGGUUUGUGCUCCAGCUGAUGAGAGCACAGAGGAAAUCAGCAAACUUCAUCUAAAGCGCAAAGGACUGUCACCUGUUUAUGCUGUAGCCCUAGCUAAGAAAAAUGCCAAACAGAUUAACAUCCAUAACCUGCGGGGGAGGCGAUCAUGUCACAGCCACUUGUACAGUCCUGGAGGAUGGUUACUUCUUUCCAGAUACACAGUGGGACCUCUGGAAAACAUUACUGAAAACUGUGAUAUUGGAUCUGUUUACCAGAAUUACUUUUGGAAGGGCUGCAUGCCAGGAGCAGAUGGAAACCUGUGCAAAGUGUGCAUUGGAGACAGUGAGGUGGAAGGAGCUCGAGUAUCCAGCAGAUGUGCUGCCAGUCACAAUGAACACUACUAUGGCAAUAUGGGAGCACUCAGGUGCUUAGUUGGCAAUCCCAGUGGAAGAAGCUUUGGAGAUGUAGCUUUUCUGGAACACUCAAACCUACUCUGGAAUAUAGAGAAUCUGGAAAGCUCUGGUUGGGCAAAAGGUUAUACAGCUGUUGACUUUGAACUCUUGUGUCCGGAUGGAACGCGUGCUGCAGUCACCGAAUGGGCUGGCUGCAACCUUGGUCCCGUUCCUCCCAGCACAGUCAUGACUCGACCAGUCACUGUCACUAAAAUCUAUGACUUCCUAAUGAAAUCUCAGGAAUUUCUGGAGACCAAGAUGGAUUCUGAAUUCCGUCUCUUCCAGUCACAAAAAUAUGGUGAGAGUGAUCUGCUUUUCAAAGAUACCACUCAGUACCUUGUUCCUGCAACUCACAUGAGCUAUCAGGAAAUCCUUGGAGAACCUUUCUUUCAGCUGGCAGAAUCAGUGUUUAAUUGUACACCUGCAGCACGGAAUUGUGUGCAACAGCUUUCACCAGUCCUCAUAACCCACAGCACAGAACUAGGAUCAGCAGUUCUGGUUGCCUACUAUGGAGGAUUCAGCAUUUUGGGGGACUAGCAGGGUCAGUGCAGUGGAUUAAAGAAUGGACUGCCACGAGUGGCGCAGGUUAGUGGGUAGCAGUUCACCUUGCUUUACCUGUUUUAUCUUCUAAAAUUUGUUUCCAUGCAAAAAGUGCAACUGAUAUUUUGGUGGCUGCAGAAUUAUCUUCCUGUAUUGCAAUUGCAGUCCAUGUUUGAACACACACACACACA